GCCUGGUGGCGGGCUGAUCAUUAUAGACAGCAUGCCGGACAUACGCAAGCGAAAACCCAUCCCCCUAGUUAGCGAUUUGUCCCUGGUCCAGUCCAGGAAAGCGGGAAUCACGUCCGCGCUGGCCUCCAGCACGUUGAACAAUGAGGAGCUGAAAAACCAUGUUUACAAGAAGACCCUGCAAGCCUUAGUGUACCCCAUCUCCUGCACGACACCCCACAACUUUGAGGUGUGGACGGCCACCACUCCCACCUACUGCUACGAGUGCGAGGGGCUGCUGUGGGGCAUCGCCCGGCAGGGCAUGCGCUGCGCCGAGUGUGGCGUCAAGUGUCACGAGAAGUGCCAGGACCUGCUCAAUGCCGACUGCCUGCAGAGGGCGGCGGAGAAGAGCUCCAAGCAUGGAGCGGAGGACCGGACCCAGAAUAUCAUCAUGGUGCUCAAGGACCGCAUGAAGAUCCGGGAACGCAACAAGCCGGAGAUAUUUGAGCUGAUCCAGGAGGUGUUUGGGGUCACCAAGACCACGCACACGCAGCAGAUGAAGGCAGUGAAGCAGAGUGUCCUGGACGGCACCUCCAAAUGGUCGGCCAAGAUCAGCAUCACAGUCGUUUGUGCCCAGGGCCUGCAAGCAAAGGAUAAGACGGGUUCCAGUGACCCGUAUGUCACUGUCCAGGUUGGAAAGACAAAAAAAAGGACUAAAACUAUCUACGGCAAUCUCAACCCGGUCUGGGAGGAGAAUUUCCAUUUCGAGUGCCAUAACUCCUCCGACCGCAUCAAGGUCCGUGUCUGGGAUGAAGACGACGAUAUCAAGUCCCGUGUCAAGCAGCGCUUCAAGAGGGAGUCUGACGACUUCCUGGGCCAGACAAUCAUCGAAGUCCGGACCCUGAGCGGGGAGAUGGACGUCUGGUACAACCUCGACAAGCGGACAGACAAGUCGGCCGUAUCGGGAGCCAUCCGGCUGCACAUCAGCGUGGAGAUCAAAGGCGAGGAGAAGGUGGCUCCCUACCACGUCCAGUACACCUGCCUGCACGAGAACCUGUUCCACUUUGUGACGGAUUUGCAAAACAACGGGGUGGUGAAGAUCCCCGACGCCAAGGGGGAUGAUGCCUGGAAGGUGUACUUUGAUGAGACGGCGCAGGAGAUCGUGGACGAGUUUGCCAUGCGCUACGGGGUGGAGUCCAUCUACCAGGCCAUGAC